AUGUACCAGCCACGUCGCGGUUUCAGUUGCCACUUGGCAUGGUUCUUGCUGCAGACGACUCUCUACGCAUCCUGGCUACUAGGACUCUUUCCCUUCACCUUCGAUUCCCGAAGAAGACAGUUGAGACGCUCCACAUGGCUUCUACUCUACGGUUUUAUACUGCACUUUUUCGGCAUGUGCCUAGCGUUGAGUAGCUACUUAGCAGUUCAGCAGCGGAGAAAAUAUAUCGCAUUUGAGCGCAAUCCGCUGCUGGAGAAAAUAUAUCUACAGUUCGCAGUUACUGCAUACUUUUCUAUAGGCGUAUUACUGCUCAUGAACUUUUGGAAAAGCAACACGAUUCGGCAGAUUGCCAAUGAACUACUCACCCUAGAGAGCCAGCUAAAGGACCUUCUGACUGUGAAGAACUGUGCCAGGUUCAACUGGCUCGUGAUUAAAAAACAUGUCACUGCAAUAGGCCAGAUCAUAAUUGCCACUUACUUCUGUCUGUGGCAGGAGAAUUCGUACCCGAAGAUCCUAAAGAUACUUUGCUGCCUGCCACCGGUGGGCUCCCAACUGAUUAUUGUGCACUUUCAUGUCGAAAUCAUGUUGGUCUACCGCUAUGUGUGGCUGGUCAAUGAAACACUGCAGGACUCCAGCAAGCUGAGCUGCUCAAGAAUUCGCGCACUGGUGUCCUUGUACGAUCGCCUCUUGAAGCUGAGUGAAAUGGUGGUGGCGACCAGCGAUUUCCAGCUCAUCCUUCUGCUAACUAUUUACUUAAUCGGAAACACUGUGCAAAUCUUUUUCCUCAUCGUGCUCGGAGUGAGCAUGAACCAGUGGUAUACCUGCAUAGUGGCUUCCCCUCAAUUGCUACUUAAUUUUUGGGAUUUCUGGCUGAAUAUUGUGGUGUGCGAUCUCGCCGGAAAGUGUGGCGACCAAACAUCAAAGGUCCUUAAACAAUACACUGAUCUGGAGCUCGCUGACGAGGAGUUGGAGCGAAGUUUGAAUGAAUUUGCUUGGCUGUGCACUCACCGCAAAUUUCGGUUUCAGCUGUGUGGCCUCUUCUCCAUUAACUACAACAUGGGCUUUCAGAUGAUCAUCACUAGUUUUCUAUACCUGGUUUACCUGGUUCAGUUCGAUUUCAUGAAUUUGUAA